AUGCACUCUCCCCUCUUUGCAUCUGUUUCCCCAUUUUAUUUCCUCGUCUCCGCUUGGGGGCACCGCAGCUGCAGUAAUUUAUGCCCUACAAAAGUUUCCACUGAAUCCAGCCGACGGCGUGCACGCACUCCUGUUGCUGCGCUCGCAGCGGCGGAUCACCCUUGCGGCUCACAAACACCGGCCGAUGCCGAAACGACGCGGCGGGCAAAGUCGGAUGUUCCAUCGCGCUUGCGGAUUCGCAGCCGUGUGAAAAGAGGUCUCCACCAAGAGGCGAAGAAGGCCCGAAUGGAGCCACGAACCGUUCAGUCUCAACACGAGGAGGAGUUGAGGUUGUCACGGGAGCUCACUUUACAUUGCGACGCCGUCGUGCAAAGAGUGCAUGCCCUGGCAGACAAGACACAGAUUCAGGAGGAACGCCUAAGUCAAACGCUGAAGGAGAGUAUUGAACGUUCCCCGAUUCGACAGUCGAGCGUGUCGCCGAAGAGGGAAGCGGUCGGCAGCCUUUCCCCACAGCCGACGUCGACGCGAAAGACCCCGCGAGAAAGUUUAUCACGCUGGUCCGGUAUGUUUGGCACACCACAGGUUCCCAAGGCACCGCCCCCUACGCCAGCCCACCCCGAUCCAGCCGCCGGUGCUUCUUCCUCCGUCGGAUGGCUGGCAAAAGUGCUCGGGAGGUCUCCCGAGGUUCGGCCAAUACCAAACUCGAAAGGCGCGACACCGCCGUUGAAGUGCUCGAAUUCGCCUCCUCCUGCGGAUGUCAUUUGUAGCAAUCCAAAAAACGGCGCGGCAUCCACCAGCCCUUCACACGCUGCCCCCGCAGAGCAUUCCUCGCUGCUGAUGCGUGCCGUGCAGCGACUCUCCGGACGGUUUUCUUCGCCUCCGCAGGAAGCAGGGACCCCGAAUUGUGCACGGAAGUCUGUCGUCUUUAAAGAACCCGCGGAAUUGGAGGCCAAGACACCGCAGAGACCAACAAAAAGAGCGGAGGGGCCGCAGGAAAAUGAUGUAUUGGCACCACGAGGGUCGCUGCUGUAUCCGCCAGCGCCACCCCCGUCUCUACAGAAAGAUGCUGCACGCCGCAGUCCAAGCCAUAGUCCAUCUUCAUCGGAUGGGGAGCAACAAUCCGCUGUCGGGCCCGACGGGGCGGAGGUGGUCGCCGUCAUGCAAAACCUUUCACACUCUCGUGCUUUUCACAAGCUAACCAAGGCUGAUCUUGUAGCCUAUGCCAAACUGCACCACGUUGCCUUGGCUAUGUCAAGCACCAAGAAGGAGCUGUUCGAGGUGGUACGUCGCUUGGUUCAGGCCAAGACGGACGAGACUCAAUAA